UUAUUUUUAUCUGUACUACACAUAUUAAAAACUCGUUUUAAUCUGAGGCGGACACUUCCUUGUGUUUCCUUGUUAGUUGACAUAAACAUUUCAACGACGUUACUAUCUGUAUUUUUUAGCUGCAGUACGGUUGUAAGAAAAGUUAUAAAGUUUUAAAGAAAGUUAUGUGAACGUUCCUAUAACUGUUAUAUUACUAGAUUGUGCUCCUUGGGUAUAUAAAAUCACACAAACAAUACAAGCACGAAGACCUAGCUGCGACCGUAGAAGUUGUGUAGAGCUUAAAAUUUACACAAAAAUGGCUACGACGAAGGUAGAAUUCAACUCGGGACACGCACACGAUAAGGAUUACUUGAGAGGAAAAACGAUUGACGAAUUCUUUGCCGGGACGAUGAUACUUUUAACUGGCGCUACGGGCUUCUUAGGGAAAGCCCUUUUGGAAAAGCUACUGCACUCAUGUCCCGUGGCCGCAAUUUUUGUACUAAUCCGUCCAAAAAAAGACAAAACGAUCGAGCAACGUUUCGAAGAACUGCUGAAUGAUCCCGUUUUUGACAAAAUACGAUCAGAGUUCCCGAGUACUUUGAAGAAGAUCUUCCCCGUGAAAGGCGACGUGGGCCUGCCGGAACUAGGACUCCAGCCCAAAGACAGGGAUAUGCUUUUACAGAAUGUCAAUAUUGUGUUCCAUAGCGCGGCCACCGUACGUUUCGAUGAGCCGCUGAAAAUUGCAGUUAAUCUGAACGUGAUAGGCACCGAUCGUAUAUUGGAUUUAUGCAGGCGCAUGACAAAUCUUACUAGCGUCAUACAUGUCAGUACAGCCUACAGUAAUGUUGAUCGACGAGAGAUUGAAGAAUUGAUUUACACUACGAAGGUGAAGCCGCAUACGGUGAUCCGUAUGUGCGAAAUUUUGAACGACAAAAUGCUAAAAAUCAUUGAAAAGGAAUUGAUUGGACAACAUCCCAAUACGUACACGUUCACUAAAAAUUUAGCAGAACAAAUCAUAAAAGAUAAUGGAAAAGAUUUACCUAUUGCGAUUAUACGGCCAAGUAUAAUCGGCGCUGCAAAUAAAGAUCCAUUUCCUGGAUGGAUUGAUAAUAUUAAUGGUAUUACAGGUUUAAUGAUGGCAGUUGCUCAAGGUACUGUGAGAAGUAUCGUGUGUAAUGAAAAAUUGAAAAUAGACAUCAUACCAGUUGAUUUUGUCGUUAAUACGAUGAUCUCUGCAUCUUGGUACAAUUUUGUGCAACGUAUCAAAACGAUAAAGGUUUAUAAUUGUACCAGUAGCACAUUACAUCCCAUUACAUGGAAUAAAUUUGGAUACUUUGUACAGAAACACUGUACAGAUGUUCCAUCCAAACAUGUAAUAUGGUAUCCAGGUUUUAAAUUUACUACAAACAAAUUUAUACACGCAAUUAUUAAGGCAAUUUUACAUUUUUUGCCCGCUCUUAUCUUAGAUUUUAUAUUAAAAGCCCGAGGCCACAAUCCCAUAAUGUUAAAGUUAUAUAAAAGAGUAGAUCUCUCCGCCAAAACGGGAGAAUAUUUUUCUACCCAUGAGUGGAUGUGGCACGUAAAAAAUAUAAUUAAAUUAACUAAAUUUACAAGAGCGCACAAAAUUGAUAAAAAAUUUAAUAUAAAUAUUCAAGAUGUGGAUUGGGACAGGUACUUAUAUCAGUACCUGUUGGGAAUCCGAAAAUACAUCUUGAAUGAUAAUCUUGAUACGUUGCCAAAUGCUCAAAAUCGAUUAAAAAAAUUGUACUGGAUACAUCAAGGGAUAAAAAUAUUCAGCAUAGCGUUGUUUUGUAGCGGAAUUAUCGCAUAUUGGAGAUAUUAACCAUGAAAGAAAAUAUUACGAGAAGAAGACGUGAAACUUUGCAACCGUUGGGGCAAUCUUCGAUCGACACCCGCUACUUGAGAGUAUACUAUAUAAAGACUCUUUCAGAUCCUUUUCCCGAACUUGCCACCUGAUGAUCAAGCAUCACGACAAUCACAGAUGGAAGUAGAAAUUUGGUUGAAAGGGUUAUCACAUGACAAAUUAAUUGACGAAUUACUGGAGGAGGUUACAAAAUACCUACAGGAGCUCACCAGGAACAACAAGGACGAAUAAGAAGAUCCCUGUACACUGUACAUAAUCACACUUAAUCACAAUAGCAUAGGUACAUAUCACACCCAUACACAAUUCAG